GAAGAAAAUUCGUUAAAAAGAGAGAUAAAAUAAAUAAAAGUAAUAUAAUCGUCCUUUUGCCAUAAGCGUUGCUCUCAAAAAUAUAAAGCAAACUCAGAUCUCACGAUUUUCUUCUUCCUCUCACAUUAACACACAUCAUCAUGAGAUUACCAACGACGCUGCUCCUCUUUAUCGGAGCUCUCAUCUUCUCCGGCGCCGGUACUGUCAGAUCCGAUGCCUCCGACCACCGUUACAAGGACGGUGACUCCGUUCCUCUCUACGCCAACAAGGUCGGCCCCUUUCACAAUCCCAGUGAGACGUAUCGCUAUUUCGAUCUCCCCUUUUGUAUUCCAGAGGGUGUGAAAGAUAAGAAGGAAGCUCUUGGUGAGGUUUUGAAUGGGGAUAGGCUUGUUAGUGCUCCAUACAAGCUUAACUUUAGAGAUGAGAAAGACUCAGAGGUGUACUGUAAAAAGAAGCUUAGUAGAGAAGAAGUUGAACACUUUCGAAGAGCUGUUGAAAAAGAUUAUUACUUUCAGAUGUAUUAUGAUGAUUUGCCUAUUUGGGGAUUCAUUGGGAAGGUGGACAAAGAGAGCAAAUCUGAUCCUAGCGAGUUUAAAUAUUUUCUCUACAAACACAUCCAGUUUGAGAUUUUGUACAAUAAGGAUCGGGUGAUUGAAAUCAAUGCUAGAAUGGAUCCUCAUUCGCUUGUGGAUCUUACUGAGGAUAAGGAAGUCGAUGCUGAGUUUAUGUACACUGUGAAGUGGAAGGAAACUGAGACUUCUUUUGAGAAAAGAAUGGAUAAGUAUGCUAUGUCUUCUUCUCUUCCACAUCACUUGGAAAUCCACUGGUUCUCCAUUAUUAACUCCUGCGUCACUGUCCUUCUUUUGACUGGUUUCCUUGCAACCAUCCUGAUGCGGGUCCUCAAGAAUGAUUUCAUGAAGUAUGCUCAAGAUGAGGAAGCUGCUGAUGAUCAAGAGGAAACCGGAUGGAAAUACAUUCAUGGAGAUGUCUUCCGGUUCCCAAAGAACAAAUCUCUCUUUGCUGCAUCUCUUGGUAGCGGUACCCAGUUGUUCACUCUGACCAUCUUCAUUUUCAUGCUUUCACUUGUUGGAGUGUUCUAUCCAUACAACCGUGGAGCACUCUUCACUGCUUUGGUCGUUAUCUAUGCUCUCACAUCUGGAAUUGCCGGAUACACUGCCUCCUCUUUCUACUGUCAACUCGAAGGAAAGAAUUGGGUGAGAAAUUUGCUGCUAACUGGAGGUCUCUUCUGUGGCCCACUAUUUCUCACCUUCUGCUUCCUAAACACCGUUGCAAUCGCAUACAGUGCAACUGCCGCUCUUCCCUUUGGAACCAUCAUAGUGAUCGUCCUCAUAUGGACACUAGUCACUUCGCCUUUACUUGUGUUGGGUGGUAUUGCCGGUAAAAACAGCAAAGCUGAGUUCCAAGCUCCAGUCCGCACCACUAAGUAUCCUCGGGAGAUCCCGCCACUCCCAUGGUACAGGAGUGCUGUACCGCAGAUGGCCAUGGCUGGAUUUCUUCCUUUCAGUGCCAUCUACAUCGAGCUAUAUUACAUCUUUGCCAGUGUUUGGGGCCAUCGUAUCUAUACCAUUUACAGCAUCCUCUUCAUCGUCUUCAUCAUCCUGUUGAUCGUCACUGCUUUUAUAACAGUUGCCCUUACUUACUUCCAACUCGCUGCUGAAGAUCAUGAAUGGUGGUGGAGAUCAUUCCUAUGUGGUGGAUCGACUGGUCUGUUUAUAUAUGCGUACUGCUUAUACUACUACUACGCAAGAUCAGACAUGUCUGGUUUCAUGCAAACAUCCUUCUUCUUCGGGUACAUGGCUUGCAUUUGUUACGGUUUCUUCCUCAUGCUUGGAACCGUUGGCUUCCGCGCUGCUCUCCUCUUCGUCCGCCACAUUUACCGGUCGAUUAAAUGCGAGUAAAACUGUUGCUGCCAAUCACCCUCCCCCUUACGAUUUUUGGUAGAACAAAGAAGAUGAUAAUCUGUUCUUAGGUAGAUAAAGAAGAAGACUUCUUCGAAGCCAGAAACUGAAUACCAAAUCGCUCUGUGGUCACAUUUUUUUUCCUUUUUGUUAAAAUGUUUUGUGGCAGUUUGUUUUCUGUGAUAUGAUUUAUAGACGAAACUAUGUUUGUUUAGGUGAAGUCUUUCUCUUCUCUACUACUUUAGAGAGUUAUCUUCUUUUUUUGGUAAUUAAUUAAGAUAACUUUGUAACCUUUUUUUUAUUGAUCUAUAUAUAUUCUAAAGACGAAAAAAUAACAAC